AUGCUCUCCAACCCGUACUCCCGCCGCUCUUGGCGCCCGAUGCUUCUCAUGACCCUCGGCCUGCUCGCCAUCUUCAGCUUCUACAACCAAACGCAGGUCCGAGAGCAGACUGUCCAUGUGCAGCGGGCCAUCACCGAUGGCCUGCAGACCAUCUAUCAAGCAGGGCGUACCCACAACAACACCCUCUACCAGCAGGGCACCGAGGAUCACGUUGUCCGCGAAUAUGACUUCGGCACGAACCCCUGCCGCGACUUUCCUGACACCCAGGGUAUCCUCACGGUCAUGAAGACGGGCGCCACCGAGGUCUUCGACAAGCUGCCCACACAGCUCCUGACCAACCUUCAAUGUCUGCCCGACUUCCUGCUCUUCUCUGACCGCGAGCAGCAAGUCGGCCAGUGGCAUGUCUAUGACGCCCUCGCCGACGUUUCCGACAAGGUCAAGGCCGACAAUCCCGAAUUCGACCUGUAUCGCACACAGGCCGAGUGCCCCGUCGCCCAAAAGUCCUGCCUCAACACCUACCGCGGUGCUGCUGCUACUGCCGCAUGGAGUCUCGACAAGUACAAAUUUCUUCACAUCAUCGAGCGCGCCUGGCAGAUGCGCCCCAACCAAACGUGGUACCUCUUCACGGAAGCAGACACCUACAUUGUCUGGCCCAGCCUCGCCUACUGGCUCCAGACAAAAAGCCCCGUUGUCGACCCCCUCGAGGAGCCUGCUUAUAUCGGCAGCGGCGCCAUGCUUGCGGGCAUCCCUUUUGCCCACGGUGGCAGCGGCUAUCUCCUCAGCGGCGCCAUGGUUCGUAACCUUGUCGAAGGCGUCAUUGGAUUGCCCGAAUUCUACGAUGAUAAGGCGCGCAGUCACUGCUGCGGCGAUCAGCUGGUCGCCAAGGCUAUUCUCGAGAACGAGGGCAUCAAGCUGCAACACGCGCACCCCAUGUUCAAUGGAGAGAAGCCUAGCACUCUGCCUUACGGGCCCACGCAUUGGUGCGAGCCGAUUUUGACCAUGCAUCACAUGGACUCGGAGGAGGUCAGCGCCAUGUGGCAGUUUGAGCAGACGCGCAAGAAGAAUAACACCAUCCUCAUGAAGGACCUUUACAAGGCCUUUGUUGCGAACAAGAUGGUCGCUGCACGCACCCACUGGGACAAUCUCUCGGAGGACGUCUGCUACAUCGAUCCAAGCCCCUUCGUUCGAAAGAAGGCGGACCCCAAGACCCUGAAGCGCGAGAAGAAAGACGCCGACAAGAACUCUAUCGAGGCAGAGGCCCACACCUCUCUUGCGGCCUGUGCAAGAGUGUGCGAGUAUGAAGGUGUCGAGGAAGCCUACGAAGACGCUAUUGAGGAGGCAGAGAAUGAAGCAGUAGGCGACCCUGCUGCCGCUGACCAGAUCGACGGCCAGGGUGAAGCUGGCGGCCUCAACAAGCAGACGAGCUCGCGCCGCAUGCGCAGGCAGCUUGAGCAGAAGAUGGCGGCGCGCAACCCUCUCGACCGCCGCUGCUUCCAGUACCGCUACCACAACGGUAUCUGCUGCACCGGUCGUAGCUUCAAACUGGGGGCCCCCCGGCGCGAGGCCAAGGGCAACAUGAUAGACAAGCCAACUGACGUGUGGCAUAGUGGGUGGCACCUGCAGGGUAUCCAAGACUGGAUCAAGGCCAAGGGAGAGUGCGAUGGGCCUAGGUGGAAGAUUCCCGACAAGCUAUAGCGAUGUCGCUCUCCUUUUUUCUUCUUUUUUCUUUGCAUCUUUCUCCUUCUGAUCCGGUUGGGUUGGACUCGGCAUCUAUAGACAUGGCCCGGCGUUUGGUAUAAGGACCAGGAAGGAAUACUGGACUGGCGGCGUCAUGGGAGUUUUGGGCUAGCGACAUGUUUCUUUUCAUAUGAUGCGCCUGGGCGGACCGGGCUUCUUCUAUAGCUUCUUCCAGCAAAUAGAAUGGAAGCGAGGCAUCUACC